ACUCAAAAGAAGAUAACAAUCUCACACUGCCUGACUCAGACUGGCUGAGAAAAGAGUGUUUGUGUUCUUAAGCCUGCGAAGAAGUGAGAAGUUAAAGUUUUUUACUCAAGGAAAAGUGAAGAAAUGCUGUGGAUAUUUUCUUGAAAAGAGUUCCAUGUUUGGCUACCUGUGUUAACUCACUAGAGCUUGAUUUUGUUGAUAUUGGCGUUUGGUUCUGAUGCUGUGGCGGGGAUGCUUCUGCGUGGUAAUGGUGGAAACUUGAGGGAGUUUCAUAUGAGAUUUGGGAGCUAGGGUUUUGGACAAUCUUGGUUGGGUUGGGGGAAGAGAAGGGGAUUGUGACCGGGUACUGGGGUGUCAGAUAUUAUUUGGAUCAUUGAUUUCUGGCUACUCACUUAAAUGGAUAGGAAGGCCUGGGCUUCUGCUUUCAUCUGGUGGGUCUUGCUAUUUCAUCCAUUGUGGUUGAUUUCUGCAAACACGGAAGGUGACGCUUUACACAGCCUAAGGACAAAUUUACAGGACCCUAACAAUGUUUUACAAAGUUGGGACCCUACGCUUGUCAAUCCUUGCACAUGGUUUCAUGUAACAUGCAACAAUGAUAAUAGUGUAAUAAGAGUGGAUCUAGGAAAUGCUGAUUUAUCUGGUCAACUUGUUCCACAACUUGGCCAGCUCAAGAAUUUGCAGUACUUGGAACUCUACAGCAAUAAUAUAACUGGCCCAAUUCCAAGUGACUUGGGGAAUCUUACUAGCUUGGUGAGCUUGGAUCUGUACUUAAACAGUUUCACUGGUCCUAUCCCAGAUUCUUUGGGCAAGUUGUCAAAGUUGCGAUUCCUCCGGCUUAAUAACAACAGCCUGUCAGGUCCCAUUCCCAUGACAUUGACCAAUAUUUCAUCUCUCCAAGUGCUGGAUUUAUCUAACAACCGUCUCUCUGGAGUGGUUCCGGAUAAUGGUUCCUUCUCAUUAUUCACUCCUAUCAGUUUUGCUAACAACAUGGGUCUUUGUGGGCCAGUCACUGGGCACCCUUGUCCUGGUUCUCCUCCAUUUUCUCCUCCGCCCCCUUUUGUCCCACCAACCCCAAUUUCUGCCCCGGGAGGUAAUAGUGCCACUGGGGCAAUUGCUGGAGGAGUUGCUGCUGGUGCUGCUUUGCUAUUUGCUGCUCCUGCCAUUGCAUUUGCAUGGUGGAGUCGGAGGAAACCACAAGAAUUUUUCUUUGAUGUGCCUGCUGAAGAGGAUCCUGAAGUUCAUCUUGGGCAGCUCAAAAGGUUCUCACUCAGAGAACUGCAAGUUGCAACAGAUAGUUUUAGCAAUAAGAACAUUCUGGGAAGGGGUGGAUUUGGUAAAGUAUACAAGGGACGCCUGGCUGAUGGUUCAUUAGUUGCUGUGAAAAGACUGAAAGAGGAGCGGACACCUGGUGGGGAGCUUCAAUUUCAGACUGAAGUAGAGAUGAUCAGCAUGGCUGUACAUCGAAAUCUUCUUCGUUUGCGAGGAUUCUGUAUGACACCAACUGAAAGGCUGCUUGUUUAUCCAUACAUGGCUAAUGGGAGUGUUGCGUCAUGCUUAAGAGAGCGCCCAGCACAUCAACCUCCCCUGGACUGGCCAACAAGGAAGCGAAUAGCAUUGGGUUCUGCCAGGGGUCUUUCCUAUUUGCACGAUCAUUGUGAUCCCAAGAUUAUCCAUCGGGAUGUGAAAGCUGCGAACAUAUUGUUGGAUGAGGAGUUUGAGGCUGUUGUUGGCGACUUUGGGCUGGCAAAACUUAUGGACUACAAGGAUACCCAUGUCACAACUGCUGUUCGGGGCACAAUUGGGCAUAUAGCUCCAGAGUACCUUUCUACUGGGAAAUCUUCUGAGAAAACUGAUGUUUUUGGGUAUGGCAUCAUGCUUUUGGAGUUGAUUACUGGACAAAGAGCCUUCGACCUUGCCCGGCUUGCAAAUGAUGAUGAUGUUAUGUUGCUUGAUUGGGUCAAAGGGCUUCUGAAAGAGAAGAAGCUGGAAAUGCUGGUUGAUCCUGAUCUACAAAACAAUUACGUUGAAGCUGAGGUCGAACAGCUAAUUCAGGUUGCACUGCUGUGCACGCAAGGUUCCCCUUUGGACCGGCCUAAGAUGUCAGAAGUCGUGAGAAUGCUUGAAGGUGAUGGCUUGGCAGAACGAUGGGAUGAGUGGCAAAAGGUGGAAGUGUACCGCCAGGAAGUGGAGCUAGCCCCUCAUCCUGGUUCUGAUUGGCUUGUUGACUCAACAGAAAAUCUACAUGCAGUUGAGCUCUCUGGUCCAAGGUGACAUUAGCACAGUAGAAAAGUAAAGAAAGAAAGCAUUAUUUAUCCCCUUUUCUUUUCUUUUUUUUCCCUUCUUUUAACCAUAGAAGCUCUCUUUUUUUACCUUCGACCCUCCCUUUGGUUCCUUUUGAGUAUCACAUCCUGAUUAUGCCUCUUGUAAGUCCAGUGCAUUGUAUUCAUUUACAUUUGUGCAUAGGGGUUAGCUUUAUCAUGAGUUGCCAUCUGUAUCAUCUGCAGUUUGACAAUGAUGUUUACAUCAAAUGAAACAAUGACAACUUCAUCUUGAA